UGAUAAGAGAGGCCGAAUUAGGUAGGAAGGAACAAUCUCCGUAAGGUGAGGUGUUAUUUUCUCCUCACCUCCCUAUCUCCUUCCCCCUUCCUCUUCCCUCUCCUAUACAUCCAUCCAACUCUUCCUCCCCUCCCCAAACCCUAACCCUAAUUCCCGUCAGGGAGUAGAGAGAAUAAUAGACUAAGGUGGGUAUGGCGGACAGGGUGUAUCCUUCCUCCAAGCCCAACCCUCAGCCUCCCCAGGCCAUCAACGGCGGCGGGGGGCCGCCGUCGUUCCCGGCCACCAAGGCACAGGCGUACGGCGCCACGCGACCGCCCUACCGCCCCCAGCCCAUGAAGUCUCGCCGCCGGAGCCGCCGGGGCCGCUGCUGCACCUGCUGCCUCUGGCUCACUCUCAUCCUCAUCGCCCUCGUCCUCCUCGCCGCCAUCGCCGGCGGCAUCUUCUACGUCCUCUACCGCCCUCGCCGCCCCGAGUUCAUCGUUACCUCCCUCCGCCUCGCCGCCCUCAACGUCACCGCCUCCAACCAGCUCGCCUCCCGCUUCGACCUCUCCAUCACCGCCCGCAAUCCCAACAAGAAGCUCGUCUACCUCUACGACCCCAUCUCCGUCGCCAUCUCCUCCGGCGGCGUCGACGUCGGCGAUGGGUCCUUCCCGGCCUUCGUCCAGGACACCAAGAGCACCACCAUUCUCAAGACGACGGUGUCGACUUCCGGCGAGAGCGUGGACGCGUCGGCGGCGGCGGAUCUGAAGAAGAAGAGCAAGCUGCCGCUGGAGAUCGAUCUGGACACGAAGGCCGGUGUGAAGAUUGGGGGACUCAAGACCAAGAAGAUCGGGAUGAAGGUCCACUGCGAGGGGUUCGACGCCGCCGUGCCCAAGGGGAAGACCGCCCCAUCCCCGUCUUCCCCUGACGCCACGUGUAAGGUCAAGCUCCGGAUCAAGAUCUGGAAGUGGACUUUCUAGACGAAACUUUUACUUGGGUCCAAAAGAAAAUGCGAGGGAGAGAUUAUGAUACUGGUGUGUAAAAUUUAGGAAAAAAUGCUUGAUACCUGUUUUUGUUCAGUUAUAGCCGAGGAUAUUAUUUGUAUUUCUUGUACUCCGAUUGCGAUGUAAUUUUCUUUUCUUUCCUUCUAAUGUUUAUUUGUUGUGGAAUUGUUGUAAGUUCUAUAAUAAUAAUAAUAAUGAGCUGAAGGUAACUUGGGAGCUC